UGUGCGAUAAAAUUGGAUAUGCAUAAAGCUUAUGACCGGGUUGAAUGGCCUUUUCUCAAGGAGAUUAUGCUCAAACUUGGAUUUCGUGAGGUGUGGGUAAAUUUUAUUAUGGAGUGUGUUUCUACUGUUGAAUAUCGUAUUCGGUUUAAUGCGGAGGAGAGUGAAAGCUUUAAACCUACUAGGGGGCUGAGGCAAGGAGGAGGAAAGGAGAUCUUACUUAAAGCGGUUGUUCAAGCUAUUCCCACCUAUGCAAUGUCAGUCUUUAAAAUUCCUAAAAAAAAUUGCAAAGGAAUUAUUGAUGCGAUGGCGCAUUUCUGUUGGGGAGAUGAGGACAACCAAAGGAGGAUGCAUUGGAUGGCUUGGUGGAAAAUGUGUGUACCCAAGAACCAAGGAGGAAUGGGUUUUCGGGAUAUCCAUUGUUUCAAUUUGGCUAUGCUGGCUAAACAGGCUUGGCGUCUUCUCGAGAAUCCGGAUUCUUUAUGUGCUACUAUUUUGAGAGUCAAAUACUAUCCUGACGGUGACUUGUUGAACACUGACCUCAAGAAGGGAUCUUCCUUUACCUGGCAAAGUAUUAUGGCGGGUGUGAGCUCCCUGAAGCGUGGUCAUAUUUGGCGAGUGGGAAACGGGCAGAAUAUUGACAUUUGGGAGGACGCAUGGAUUCCAAAUUGUGCAAACCGUAAAAUUGUUACCCCUAAGGGAGGCCAGUUGUUACGGAAGGUAGCAGAUUUGAUUGAUCCAAUCCUAAAUAGUUGGGAUGAAGAUCUUCUCACACAGACUCUAUGGCCUAUUGAUGUUCAGCGAGUGCUUACGAUCCCGAUAUCGCAACAUGAUAUGCCAGAUUUCAUAGCUUGGAAUUUCACAAAAAAUGGGAUUUUUUCAGUUCGGUCUGCUUAUUUUGUGAAAUGGGACCACCAAUAUGGGAACAAGUUACGACAUACCAAUGGGAUGGGACAUAUCACGGUCAAUCCUUAUGCGGGUGAGGUAAUCUUGGAAUAUUUACUUUCAUUACCAGAUCAGGAACUAUGUAUUAUGGGCACUCGUAAUGUGCGUGACAUGAUUGCCAUAUCAGCCUGGUACUUGUGGUGGGAAAGGCGCAAAUUGGUACACAAUGAGACUACUCAGAAUGCACAACAGAUAUCCAUGGGGAUACGCGCUCUCGCUGCCAAUUUUGUUAAUGCCUCGCCGAAGGCUUCCAUUAAAAGAGGAGGAUGGUCUAAUCCCCCGAUGGGAUUUGUUAAACUUAAUGUUGAUGCUUCUUUUGAUCACGACCUUCUCAGGGGUACGAUCGGGGCUGUCUUAAGAGAUGACAAAGGUAGGUUCAUCGGUGGAGGAAAUGGUAAGAUUGACUGGAAGCAAAAACCUACCACCGAUUGA